CUGGACGGCCCAGCCCUUCCUCUGUUUCCCCUGCGGGCAGUUCAGACCAUGGGAGGCCCCCGCCGCCGCAGCUUCCUUCUCCUCCUUCAAGUGCUGGGCGUCUCGCUGAUUCUGUUGGAAGUUGGAUCCCAGAAAACCAGUGACUGUGCUCGCUGGUGCCCUCCGAAAUCCACGUGUGUCAAUGCCACCACCUGUCGCUGCUCCCCGGGAUUCAUUUCUUCGUCAGGGGAGAUGUUCACCAGCCGCUUGGAGAGCUGUGAUGACAUCAACGAGUGUGGACCAUCCUCGGCAGUGUCCUGUGGAAAAUUUGCAGAUUGCCAGAACACAGAGGGGAGCUUCUACUGCACGUGCAUCCAAGGAUAUGAGCUUGCUUCCCAGGCAAGAACGUUCAGGAAUGAGAGUGAGAACACGUGUCAAGAUGUGGACGAAUGUCAGCUGAAACCCCGAAUCUGUAAAAGCCGCGGCAUCUGCACCAACACCCAGGGCAGCUACACCUGCGAGUGCCCGCCUGGCUUGGAGCUCAGCCUGGGCGACCCGAAUCUGUGCACAGAUGUGAAUGAAUGCACGUCAGGGCAGAACCCAUGUCACAACUCCACCGACUGCCUCAACAACAUUGGGGGCUAUGAGUGCCGCUGCCGCCCUGGCUGGAAGCCAGUUCCUGGGUCCCCCAAUGGCCCCAAGGACACCGUCUGUGAAGAUGUGGAUGAGUGCAGCUCUGGGCAGCCUAUGUGCCACGAGUCCACCAUCUGCAUCAACACCGUGGGCUCGUACAAAUGCCGCUGUCGCCGGGGCUGGGAGCCCAAACCCGGAUUCCAGAAUAGGCAGCCCAACACCACCUGUGAAGAGAUGUCCUUCCCCACCUGGACCCCACCCCCUGGAAUCAAGAGCCAGAGCAUGUCCCACUUCUUUGAAAGAGUCCAAGAACUGCACAGAGACUUCAAGCCAGCCUUGGCUCAGGACACCAUGCAGGACCUCAUCAAGUCAGUGGAUGAGAUGCUGGAGGCCCCCAGGGACCUGGAGACCCUGCCCCUGCCUGAGAGGCACCUCAUGGCCACCCACUUCCUCUUGGGCUACGAAGCAGUCCUGAGGACGCUGGCCAAGGCCAUGCCUGGAGCCUCCUUCACCUAUCUCUCCCCUUCGAACACAGAGCUAUCCCUGAUGAUCCAGGAGCGUGGGGAUGGAAACAUCACCAUGGGUCAGAGCCAUGCACGGAUGCUGCUGGACUGGGCUGUGGCGACUGGAGCCAGGGAUUCGGGCCCCACCGUGAUGGGUAUCCUCUCCAGCUGCAACAUGCAGAAAUUGCUAGCCAACGCCUCCUUGGAGCUGGAGCCUGAGAAGAAAGUUGAGCUGAACAAAAUCCACCAAAGUCCUUUCCGUGGCGCCGAGCCUAGGCUCCUCUCGGCAGUCAACUUGGUCUUUCUGAGCAACACAAACACAGAGAAACUUGACUCCCCCGUCACCUUUGCCUUCUCCCACCUGCCGGAGACACCUGGGCCACGGCAGGAGCUGAUCUGUGCAUUCUGGAAGAGUGACGGCAACAGCAGUGGGCACUGGGCCAUGACAGGCUGCCAGACCCUGGGCACCAGGAAUGGCAGCACCACCUGCCGGUGCAACCACCUGAGCAGUUUUGCCAUCCUCAUGGCCCACUAUGACAUAGAGGACCAGAAGCUGGCCCUGAUCACCAAGCUGGGGCUGGUGCUGUCGCUAGUCUGCCUGCUGCUGUGCAUCCUCACCUUCCUGCUGGUGCGGCCCAUCCAGGGCUCGCGCACCACCGUGCACCUGCACCUCUGCAUCUGCCUCUUCGUGGGCUCCGCCAUCUUCCUGGCGGGCAUCGAGAACGAAGGCGGCCAGGUGGGGCUGCGCUGCCGCCUGGUGGCGGUACUACUGCAUUACUUCUUCCUGGCCGCCUUCUGCUGGAUGAGCCUCGAGGGAGUAGAGCUCUACUUCCUGGUGGUGCGCGUGUUCCAGGGCCAGGGCCUGAGCAAGUGGCAGCUCUGCCUGAUCGGCUACGGGGUGUCCCUGCUCAUCGUGGGCAUCUCCGCGGCCGUCAACAGCGAGGGCUAUGGCCGCACCCUCUAUUGCUGGUUGAACCCAGCCCGUGGCUUCCUCUGGAGCUUCCUGGGACCUGUGACCUUCAUCGUUCUGUGCAAUGCUGUGGUCUUCGUGACUACUGUCUGGAAGCUCACUCAGAAGUUUUCGGAGAUCAACCCAGACAUGAAGAAACUAAAGAAGGCCAGGGUGCUGACCAUCACGGCUGUGGCUCAGCUCUUUGUGCUGGGCAGCACCUGGGUCUUCGGCCUCUUCCUCUUCAACCCGCAGAGCUGGCUGCUCUCCUACACCUUCACCGUCCUCAACUGCCUGCAAGGCCUCUUCCUCUUCGUGCUCCACUGCCUGCUCAACAAGAAGGUGAGGGAGGAAUACAGAAGGUGGGCCGGCAGGGUCACAGCGAACAGGUACUCGGAGUUCACCACAUCCACGUCUGGCACCAGCCACAAUCAGACCCAGGCCCACAGGCCCUCCGAGUCCGGUAUGUGACAGCGCGGGUCUGGCCAGGCCCGUAGCUCCUGCGGCCUCAGCAGCUUUUGCACGUGCUAAAGACUGUCCCCUCCUCCUUCACCACUCUGCUCCCUCUGCCCUCCUGCCUUGGCCCCCACGUGCAUCAUAGAAAGCAGGGGGCAGCAGCUGUAGUCUGGCACCGAACCCCAGAACACCCAGCCAGGUGGGGAGUUGGACCUGCCGGGCCUGCUUCUGGCGGCCUCUUGGCUGCACUCCAGCCGGGACCCAACAUGAGGGCAGCAGCUGGCCCGGGGCUGCAGCCCGUCCCUGCUACACAGGCCUGGACAGAUGGAAGACUCCCGUGCCCGGCCUGGCCUUUCCCCUCAUCUGUCUUUGCCACAGAACGAGAGGCCAGGGUGCUGGGGCCCAAGGUGCCCCUUAAGCUAAGACUGAGGCCAGGGGUGGGAGAAGGGCAGGGGCCCUCCUAGCCCCAGUGCCUGAGGUUCACGGUACAGAGGCCCAUCUGCCCCUGGAGGCAGAAGGCUCUCGCUGUUGUGAAGGUUGUGGAUACUGUAUGGUUUUUUUUUAAUCUGUAUAAAGCUUUCAAUGUUGACACUUAAAAAUUAAAUAUCACACUGAUAACAGAA